AUGGUCGCCGACUGGCGGAAUUACACCACGAAUCUCCUUGAUUUACGCCUGUUGACGAACAUGGCGCAUUUCGCGCAUCGUGCUUCGAGGAUAAUCAUUGGUCUGCAAGUGGUCGCCGUAUUUUUUUAUAGUUACGGAGUGCUCGCCGCAAACGCGAGUGACCCUGACAGGUGGGAGCCGUUCGCGCGAGAGCUCAUAUUGAAGAUGGAUUUUCCGUUCAAUAUUAGCACGAAUUCUAUUUACACGGGCGUUACGAUCAUACAGUUUGUCCACCUGAUGCUAGUCGCUUGCGGUAUCACCGUUAUCAAUUCGCUCCUCGUCACUUUGAUACUCCAUGAUUGCGGUCAAAUCGACAUUCUUUGCAAAUGGCUCACAAAAAUAUUCUCCAAUAACGUAUCGCAUGUGUCACACGAAUCAGUAGACGAGACGAUUACGUUGCGCUCGGUGAUCAUAAAACACCAGCAGAUCAUCGUAUUCUCGAAUAAUAUCGAGAAUGUUUAUACAUAUAUCGCAUUGAUGAUAUUAUUGUCAGACACGCUCAUUACAUGUUGCCUAGGAUUCAUUAUCGUUACUUCGAUCGGCACGCCCAGUGGUGGGGCGAUCCUUAUCAAGUCGGUGUUGUUCUACAUCACGAUGAAUCUCGAGGUUUUCAUAUAUUGCUUCGCCGGCGAGUAUCUGAGCGCGAAGAGUAAAAAAGUCGGAGAUGCGGCGUACAAUUCUCUCUGGUACAAGGCUCAGACUAAAAAUUGUCGCAUGAUAUUGUUUCUCAUAUUGAGAGCGCAAGAUCGAUUAACGAUCACUAGCGGCAAAAUCGUGGACCUCUCCUUGGAACGUUUCACAAGCGUCAUAAAGGCGUCAGCAUCAUACAUAUCGGUGCUACUAGCGAUGUAUUGA